CAAAGCAUAACUUGAGUCUCAAUAUCUAUAACUUAAAAAAUAUAUUUCACAAAAAAACUAUAAAAUAGACCCUUCUAUUCACUAUUAUGGUCCUAUAUGUAAUCUUGUUUGCUUCGUCAUAUGAACUUUAUGAAUAUUAACUUUUUAUAAUUUUUACUCAAAUACAAUCAGUGAUAUUUAAGAUUGAAAUAAUGCAUUGACAAAUGUUCCAAAAUCAAAUAAUACUUUGCCGAAAAUUAUAACGUUUUAAAAAUAAUCACCUGCAUAAUUAAUUGUUAUCUAAAUGAUAUAUACUUUGCCGAAAAUUUAUAUUUUUUUAAAGUAAUAUUUUAGCCAUACUAAAAUACCGAUAACUAUGCUAUCCGGUACACAUUCUUUAUCUUAUAAAUAUUAGCAUUGUUUGUUGAUUUUAUGGAAAAAUGAGUUUAUGAUUAUAUCUCAUACACACAUAAAAAAUAAAUUUUUAACCCCUUAUUUGUAUAAUUGAUUUCUCAUAAUUUUAUAGCCUAAAAUAAGUAUUAAACACUUAAAAAUAUAAUAAAAGCUAUGCUUAAGGUAUGGAGAGGGCACAACAACGAUGAUGGACCAUACCUUUAUCAAAGGAAUUAAGUUGCGAUCAAAGAGACCCUCAAUUCGAAAAAAGGCCCAAAAAAAGCAAUAAAAUUUAUACAAACUAAUAGUUAAAACCUCUUAAUUUCAACAGUUUUCAAUUUUAGAAAAAAGUUUUAAAAAGAAGACAUUUAAUAUUUUUUUCAGAAGAAACUCUUCCUAGUAGUCAAGAGUUUCUCACGAAGACUUGAAGAGAGUUAGGAGGAAUUCACAUCAUCACGUGGAGCAAACUCCUUAAAAUAAGUAGGUGGUAACUCACUAGUCACUAACUGUUAGGUAAAAAAAUAGUUUUACUUCAUCUUAAUUUGCAUUAUUUGUCGUAUUUUGUAUUAUUUUUUUAUUUUGAAAUAGAAAUAUUACUUUUUUUAAUCUUAUCAAUACAUUUUAACUUUCUUUUAAUUUUGUCUUUACAAUUCGACCUUUCUUUUCAUUUAUUAUCAAAUAUUUUUAUUUUUUUUAAAAAUACCUAAUUUUUUCUUGGAUGCUAAUUGAAGGGAACAAACUAGUAUAAAAGAAAGUAACAUUAUGCUAUUUUUUUCAUGAAAUUAUUCUUACUCUUACACUACUAAGUAAAAAAAUUAAUAAAAAAUGACUAGUUAUGAAAGAAAGAAGAUGAAGAUUCUUUGUCUCCAUGGAUUCAGAACAAGUGGAAGCUUCCUCAAGAAACAAAUCAACAAAUGGGAUCCUUCUAUUUUUGAAAAUUUCGAUUUGGAUUUCCCAGAUGGUUUAUUUCCUGCAGGUGGGAAAUCAGAUAUAGAAGGAUUCUUUCCACCUCCUUACUAUGAAUGGUUCCAAUUCAAUAAGGAUUUCACAGAGUAUACCAAUUUGGAAGAAUGCAUCUCCUAUUUAUGUGAAUAUAUCAACACCAAAGGACCUUUUGAUGGUCUCCUCGGCUUUUCUCAGGGAGCAACACUAUCAGCCCUUUUGCUAGGAUAUCAAUCACAGGCGAAGAUAUUAAUGGAUCAUCCACCCCUCAAAUUCUUAAUAUCAAUAUCUGGAUCUAAGUUCAGAAUUCCAAGUAUUUGUGAUGUUGCAUACAAAGAACUUAUCAAGGCUAAAUCAGUUCACUUCAUUGGGGAAAAAGAUUGGCUAAGACUUCCUUCAGAGGAUCUAGCUAAAGCUUUUCAGAAUCCUCUCAUUAUAAGGCACUCUCAAGGGCAUACCGUCCCACGGCUAGACGAGGCAGCCAUCGAGCAACUAGUUAACUGGACACGGGAGCUGUCGGUCCUAACAAACGAUAUUAAAGAUGAUCGGAAAAAUGGGGAAGCAAAGAAGGAACAAGGGAAGAGCGACGAAACCGAAAUAGCAGAGCAUACCUUGAGGAAGAAUACAGAACCAGAAGCUUUACAAGCUUGA